ACACAAUGUUCUUAGUGCCCUGGCAAUAACGCACACAAAUGUGAUCUGCCAUCGCUGUCAAACGUGCGCCGCUUGUCAGAAUGUGUUUCAUAUAAUAAUUAUAGUGUUUAUGUGAUUUUAGUGUGAAAAAGUGUUUAAAAAAUCCAAGAUGAAUAUAAAAGCUGUAUUAGCGAUUGGCAUGGUCUUUGUUGGAUGCUGUUCCAAUGUAGUGUUUUUGGAACUUCUUGUUAAAGAAGACCCUGGAUCCGGCAACUUAGCUACUUUUCUACAGUUUCUAUUUAUCGCUUCCAUUGGAUUCUGCACAGUGGGGAAGUUUGGAUUUGCUAAACGAAACAUUCCAUUUAAACAAUAUCUUCUCCUCGUGGGUUUCUUUUGGACAAGCAGCGUCACAAACAAUUAUGCAUUUGAAUUCAACAUAUCUAUGCCGUUACACAUGAUAUUCAGAGCUGGGUCCUUAAUGGCGAACAUGGCUAUGGGAGUUUGGAUAUUAAAGAAAAAGUAUUCACCACUUAAAUAUCUUGCGAUUUUCAUGAUAUCUGCUGGUAUUUCUAUAUGCACUAUACAAUCUAGUGGAGAUGUAAAGGCACAAAGAGAAACCCACGCAGAUGCUGCUGAGGAAGAGAAGUUGAAAUUUAUUGACUGGCUCUGGUGGUGUCUGGGCAUAGCCAUUCUAACAUUCGCCCUAUUCGUCUCGGCCAGAAUGGGAAUAUUCCAGGAAUCACUGUAUUCGAAACAUGGAAAACAUCCCUGGGAAGCCUUGUAUUACACUCAUUUAAUGCCAUUAGUAAUCUGGAUACCAACCACUCCGAAUCUGAUCAACCACGUUCAAAUAGCUUUGAAUACGCCUGAUGUAGAUUUCUUAGGGUUUACAUUACCCAGACAGAUUCUAUGGAUGAUCCUUUAUGUUCUCACCCAGGGCUUGUGCAUCAGUGCUGUUUAUGUGUUGACCACAGAAUGUGCUUCUCUGAUCGUCACAUUAACCGUCACUCUUAGGAAAUUUGUCUCAUUACUGUUUUCAAUUAUCUACUUCAGGAAUCCCUUCACCGUUGGUCAUUGGGUGGGUACAGGUUUAGUCUUCAUCGGCACAAUGAUAUUUACAGAACUUCUUCAGAAAUUCGUUCUUAUGUUCCUGCCAAAGGAAAAGAAGAAGGUACAGUAAUUUUAUCGAAAUGUGACACAAAGUGUUUCUAUGGAUACCUGAUAAUUUUUUUAUUAAAAUUUUAUAACAAACUGAA